UAUGGUUUGAGGAGAAAUACGUUUCAGCUUUCUAAUUCCCGUUUUUCCAUUUCCUUUUUCCGCGUGGGUUUUUCAGUCACGUCUCCGAAGCCUAGGGCAAAAUUGCGGGCUCUUAUCGGCGGCGGCGACGACUCUCUUCUGUCUGACACUCUGACUCUCUAUCUCUCCUCUCCCUCUUUCUCGUCGGUUGGGUUGGAUUCGACAAGGCGGCAACAACUGUCCGGCCAAAGGAAUCCUGGUUCCAGAGUUUAGGAGAGAGUGGGAAGUGAUCAUAGGGGAAGAUGGAGAAGAGAGAGGAUAAGCAGGAAGAAGAGCAGGAGCAGGUGGUGAAUCCAUGGGAGGUAACAGCGAAAGAUGGAGGAAAGAUCGACUAUGAUAAGCUUAUAGACAAAUUUGGUUGCCAAAGGCUUGAAGAGCCAUUAGUGGACCGUGUCCAACGACUAACCGGCAGACCUGCUCAUGUCUUCCUCCGCCGUGGAGUUUUCUUUGCCCAUAGGGAUUUUGAUGAGAUUCUGAAUGGAUAUGAGAAAGGGAAAAAGUUCUACCUUUAUACUGGAAGAGGCCCAUCCUCUGAAGCUUUGCAUCUUGGCCAUCUUGUACCAUUUAUGUUUACCAAGUAUUUGCAAGAUGCCUUCAAGGUGCCUCUAGUUAUUCAACUUACUGAUGAUGAGAAAUGCAUGUGGAAAAACCUCUCAGUUGAGGAGUGCCAGAGACUUGCCCGUGAAAAUGCCAAAGACAUUAUUGCAUGUGGGUUUGACAUCACAAAGACAUUCAUCUUUUCAGACUUUGAUUAUGUUGGCGGCUCUUUUCUCUACUUCUGGUGGGAUAACUACAUUGGCACUCAUAUCAAUAUUACCACUUAUAUGCAGGUUGUGGGCAUAUUUGGUUUCAGUGGUGAAGAUCACAUUGGAAAAGUUAGUUUUCCACCUAUUCAGGCAGCACCGUCAUUUCCUAGUUCAUUCCCACACUUGUUCUCUGGGAAAGAUGACCUCCGUUGUUUGAUUCCUUGCGCAAUUGAUCAGGAUCCAUAUUUCAGAAUGACACGAGAUGUUGCACCGAGGCUAGGAUAUCAUAAACCUUCUCUGAUUGAGUCGUCUUUUUUCCCAGCCCUGCAGGGUGAAACAGGAAAAAUGUCUGCCAGUGAUCCAAAUUCUGCUAUAUAUGUGACAGAUUCGGCCAAGGUCAUUAAAAACAAGAUAAAUAAGUAUGCAUUCUCUGGUGGGCAAGACUCCAUAGAGAAGCACAGAGAACUUGGUGCCAAUCUUGAGGUGGACAUACCGGUGAAGUACCUAAGUUUCUUCUUGGAAGAUGAUGCCGAGCUGGAGCACAUCAAGACAGAAUAUGGUGCUGGACGGAUGUUGACUGGGGAGGUGAAGAAGCGACUUGCCGACGUUCUGACAGAACUGGUAGAUAGACACCGUGCAGCUCGGGCUGCUGUCACGGAAGAAAUGGUGGAUGCUUUCAUGGCAGUGAGACCACUUCCCAAUAUGUUCGAUUAAAGAGGGAGGAGGUGGUGGAAACUCUACUUUCUUCCCUAUCAAGCUCUCUCCCAUCAAAAGGAAUGAGCUUUUUCUUUUCCUUCUCUUAGAAACCAGAGGAGCUACUUUCCCUAUUUUAAGACUAGAGAUUCAAAACAGGAAGGGAUGUUUUCUUGUGCUAGAGAUGAUCCUCAAUGAGAAUUCAGGAAGCUUUCUACCUUUCCUUGUCAUAUGGAAACUGCAUUGCUGAACAUUCAUUGCUGUCCUCUGAUACCGAAAAGAACCGGACAGAACCAUGAUGGGGUUUUUUCGGUUUGGCCCGGUCGUUGGCCGGUUACGACUCAAGAACAGGUUGGAAACCAGGCCCACUGACAUGAAUUUUUCCUGUUUUCCGCCAUGCAGAUGGGAGUUUGUGCCUACACAAUAGAACAUUAAAUGAUGGGGGGGAAGAGACGAUAAUUGAGAUUUUUAAUCGUCAAGAAUUGCAUCAUUUCGAUGGGUCGAGAGGCCCCUGGUAUAAAGGGUCUUGCUGGAAGGUUGUGCGAUCCAUUUUCUGGUUUCUAAAUCUAUCAAGAGGAAGGAAAGACAGGUGCCUCCCCUAGCUAGCCAUCAGGCAAGUUGAGAUUUCACCAGUAAACCUACAGUUCAGCCCAGAAGGACCCGAGCCAGAAGAUCCUGGUAGCACCAACAACAUGAAUUUGUCUGCUGACUAUUCCAAUUUGAUUCGCUAAUAACCCUGAAAAUCAUACUCUUACAGUCUUACCCUAGUCAUGUCGGACAAGCUAACAAAGAGGUUAGGAUUAUUCCUUUUUAGUAACUGUUGGGGAUAGGACUCGGGCCUGAUCACGCCAAGGAACCGGGCGCAACUAAAUAGACCCCGACACGGCGGCGCGAGGACCCCGAGUGUGCCGCCUCAUCGUGGCUAACCACGUCUUGGCGCGAAGAGCUUAAGCGCAACUACAUGCGCUAGGAGAGGACAAGCGUAGGCCAAAUCAGAAGAGGAGAGAAGCGCACCCCUCCUUGGCGAGUAGUCACAUCAGGGUCAUGGGUGGAUCUCUGACUCAUCCUAGGUAGAGAGAUGGCCUAAAGUCCUUAGUAUGCUAGUGGUCACAUCAUGGGUCACAUCGUUGUAUCCCAGUAGUCACAUCGUUGUAUCCCAGUAGUCACAUCAUUGUAUCCUCUCUUAUGUCAACCACUCACCCACCACCAUGAAGCCUAUAAAUAUGGCAUUUACUACGGUGGGUGAGGGGAUCGCAUUUUUCACC